AUGGAUUUCGUCAAAGGUGCCCUCAAGAGUGGAUCAGGAAGCACCGGUAACACUAACCAAGCUGCCGGUGGUGCCGGAAAGGAGGAUUUUGGUGAUAAGGCUCUCGACUUCAUCGAGAAGAAGACCGGCCACACUAUGACCCGCGAUCAGAAUGAGAAGAUCACCGACGGUGCCAGAGGAUUGUAUGAGAAGCAGACUGGAUCCCAAGUCAACCCCAAGUUCUCCAACUAG